GUGGACACCCGCCCGCUUCUCGAGCUCAUACAUGACUUCACUGUCAACGGUACACAAGUUGGGAAACUUCAUAUCUAGGAUUUCUCCGUCGCAAACGCUUGACAAAGAUGACGGAAAGCUCCGCGAACAAGCUGCUGAACGGAGAAGCUUGUCACCGAAACUCAAACGGUAGAAAAUCGCGCAAAAAUGGCUUCGUGAAGAACCACUGCCUGUUUCAGCAGCCACAGAAGUAUCGUCGCCCCGGGGAGAAGAACCAAAAUGCGCCGCACACCUCCAGCCUGUACAAGAAGCCCUUUGCAGAAUCCUUCGAGGAGACUCCUCUGCUGGUGGCUGUGCUCACCUACAUGGGCUACGGCAUCCUCACCGUCUUUGGCUACCUCCGGGACUUCCUCCGCCACUGGAGCAUCCAGACGUGCCACGUGGCUCGGGAGAAAGAGGAGCAGAAGGACUUUGUCCCCCUCUAUCAGGACUUUGAGAACUUCUACACCAGGAACUUGUAUAUGAGAAUUCGGGAUAACUGGAACCGGCCCAUAUGUAGCGUCCCCGGUGCCAAGAUGAACCUGGUGGAGAGAGUUUCUCGUGACUACAACUGGACCUUUGAGCACACAGGCAGAGUGGUGAAGGACGUCAUCAACAUGGGCUCGUACAAUUACCUGGGCUUCGCUGACAAUACCGGAGCUUGUGCCGAUGCUGCCGUUGAGGCCACAGAAAAGUACGGCGUCGGGGUUGCAAGCUCUCGCUGUGAAAUGGGGAACCUGGACAUCCAAGAGAAGCUGGAGCAGUUGGUGGCCAGGUUUCUGGGUCUUGAGUCGUCGAUGAUCUUCGGCAUGGGCUUCGCAACCAACUCCAUGAACAUUCCUGCUCUCACGGGGAAGGGUUGUCUCAUCCUCAGCGACGAGCUGAAUCACGCCUCCCUGGUGCUGGGGGCCCGCUUGUCCGGCUCAACCAUUCGGGUCUUCAAACACAACAACAUGCAGAGCCUGGAAAAGCUGCUGAGAGACGCCAUCGCUCACGGGCAGCCGAGGACCCACCGGCCCUGGAAGAAGAUUCUCAUCGUGGUGGAGGGCAUCUACAGCAUGGAGGGGUCCAUCGUGCGCCUGCCAGAGAUCGUCGCUCUGAAGAAGCGCUACAAGGCGUAUCUGUACCUGGAUGAGGCCCACAGCAUUGGGGCCCUGGGGCCUAACGGCAGAGGAGUGGUGGACUACUUCGGCCUGGAUCCCAAAGACGUCGACAUCAUGAUGGGAACGUUUACCAAGAGCUUCGGUGCUGCUGGAGGAUACAUUGCAGGCAAAAAGGACCUGAUCAACUUCCUGCGGUGCCACUCUCACAGCGCCCUGUACGCUACCUCCAUGUCGCCUCCUGUGGCCCAGCAGAUCAUCACCUCCAUGACCAUCAUCAUGGGAGAGGACGGGACCACGCUGGGUGCCGACCGCAUCAGACGGCUCUCCGAGAACACCACCUACUUCCGCAGGAAACUCCGGGAAAUGGGCGUCGUCAUCUACGGCAACGACGACUCGCCUGUAGUGCCUAUGAUGCUUUACAUGCCUGCCAAAAUCGGGGCGUUUGGCCGGGAGAUGUUGAAGAGAAACAUUGGCACCGUGGUGGUCGGCUUCCCAGCAACACCCAUCAUCGAGUCCAGGGCACGUUUCUGCGUGUCCGCUGCCCACACCAGAGAGAUGCUGGACACAGCUUUGAAGGCCACAGACGAAGUGGGUGACCUGCUGCAGCUCAAAUACUCCAGACGGGAACAGCCCCUCCCCUCGCUUGGGUGGAUGGCCAAGGAGAGCCUGCUUCAAGACUGAGCAACAUCCACCACCACCACCACCACCCACCCACCCCACCUUUUCUUGCCUGAUGUUCUUCAUUUUCCUCCUCACCAUAUGUCCUUACGUCUCCGGUCACCAGAACAUCUUCACCGGGCCGCCCUUUUUUGAAGCCUUCACACCACCACUGCUCACUGCGGCUGGUUCCACCCCCCCUCCUUCACAACGUCCCUUCACUUUGUCCCAAUUCAUUUUGAUUGCAUCACAUCAAGCCCUGUUCCUGUAUGCAUAUAAAACGUGUGUCUUUAUCCGUGCAAUAACAACAACAACUUGAAUAGGGUGAUAGUUUCUUUGUAGUUCCACCCAGAGUAGAGUAGAGGAGACCUUUUUUGCCACGAGUUCCCUCUCGUGCACUUAGAAGAACGGAGUAAAGCAAAUAAUAAAUUGGAUCAGAGUAGUGAUUAAAACAGGAAGAGAAAAAAUGUAAAUAUUAUUUAUCAUCCCAAACCUUCAAUGCAGAUACAUUAUUUCACAGAACUAACAUUUGCAUAUGUGCGUGAUGGCUUUUUCUAAUUACUUUUACUUGAAUGGAGCAGAGAAUCGUGGGUGGUUUCCCUGACCAAAGGGUCUAUACGCAUAGACGUGUUUCUACCCUUUUCUCUUACGAUGCAAAGCAGAUGUUCCCAACAGAACACUACGGAAUAUUCCUAUUGCUCAUUUCCUACAGAUAUUUUUCUGGCUUAUUUACUUGCACUCAAACGUGAGCACAGUGUCUUUAACAUUUCCAUAAGCUAAUGCGCUCCAUGGGUGACCUGUUCUUGUUGCUUUCAUGUGAAUCGGUGUCUAUGAGCACGACACCCCGUAACUUGGAUCUGUAUGUAUGACGAUGUUCCAUUCCUUUACCAUCCUAUCGAGGGGGGGGGGGGGCGCCCCCCUCUCCCCCCUUGGGGAAACACUGCAUCUGAUUUACAGACACCUUUUAUUUAUUCAAAAUGUCUUCUCGUAUUUCUAUCUGAAAGGCAGCUCAACAUGUGUUUUAACUGAGUGUCUCCAUGUCGUAACUUCAGCGCCGGCACUACUGACGGGCGUCCUGCGUGCACAGAUGACGUAGUCGCUGAUAUUUGUGUGGCUUUGCUUCAGAUGUUGUUUGUUUUUCUACCUUCGGGAAUGGCAUUCCGUACGAACGUGCUUUCAGUGUCGAGUGUCGGGUUUGGUUUUUUGUCUUCCCGGUGCGAGACCACCCCCGAACAAGGCCCGCACGUCCUGCCAUGUUCUUGUGUUCUCGCACUCGAUCGAUCUGAACGGCGGCCAGUCACAAAGCCGCCAGCUGUCUGGCAAUGGGAUCAUUCCUGCGAGGGUUCUUCAAAGUGAUUUGCCCUCAACUCGAGUUGAAGGAUGCUUUUGCUGAGUUGUUUUGCGUCUUAGCACAACAGUCUGGCAGGACUUAACUGCACUGUUAUCGUUGACUGAGUCAUUCCGAUACUGGUUGUCUUCAGCAAUAAUCUCUGUGAUGCAUUUGUUUUCAAUGAAGAUAAUGUAGCCGAUGAUUAAGGUCUGGAAUUGCACUCUUUAGAAAUAUGCACUCUGACCUAAUAAAAAAAAGAAAGAAGCUGUCAGCAUCACCGUGCAGUGUCUUAGGUCUCCGCAUUUCUGUCUGGAGGCAGUGUGUGUAAAUGCAGCGGCCUCGUCCCACAUUGGAACAGCAACAAACGUGAGAUAUCAACAUGUUUGAGUAGCUCGGAGCCGAGUGACGCAGUGUUCCACAAACACCUGCACACCGACCCACAGUGUCCAUUGGAAAAUGGUUUAUCAGCAGCUUUUGCCCUUGGGAUUGUAUUUGUGUUGAACAUAAACCACUUGCAGGAGUUCGACGCUAUGAUGUUUGUUGACUGUUUGUUGGAAGCAGUGCUGCAAAGAUUAAAGCACUUUCUUUGGAUCAAG